UCUGUGAUUUUCAGAAAUAUCACCUCUCCAAACUCCAAUUCCGUGGGAGACAAUCCAAAUCUCCGAACAUACAGAGCGAAGCGGCAGAAAUGGCUUCGUGGAAUUCGAUUCCGUUUGAAAUCGCGUAUGAAGUUCUCGGUUGGCUCGCGUUUUUUUCGUGGUCCUUCAGUUUCUACCCGCAGGUCGUCUUGAAUUUUCGGAGGAAAUCUGUUGUGGGGUUAAAUUUCGAUUUUGUGUUCUUGAAUUUGACGAAGCAUUCGUCGUAUAUGAUAUACAACGUUUGCCUCUACUUCAGUCCCACUAUACAGAAGCAGUACUUUGAGAAAUAUGGCUAUGAUGAGAUGAUACCUGUAGCAGCAAAUGAUGUUGCGUUUUCAAUACAUGCUGUUCUCUUUGCAUCAAUUACCUUGUUCCAAAUUGUUAUCUAUGACCGUGGAAGUCAGAAGAUAUCCAAGAUUUCUUUUGCGAUUAUUUCUGUUGUGUGGUUGACUGCCGCAGUUUGUUUCUUUGUGGCUUUGCCUAGCCAUUCUUGGCUGUGGCUCAUCUUAAUUUUCAACUCAAUUCAGGUUUUCAUGACUAUCAUAAAGUAUAUCCCCCAGGCAAUAAUGAACUUCACACAAAAGAGUACAGAUGGAUUCAGCAUUGGUUAUGUUUUGCUUGAUUUUAUCGGGGGUCUGGCAAAUUAUGCUCAGAUGACAGUCCAGUCCAUUGAUCAAAAUUCUUGGGUGAACUUCUAUGGGAACAUUGGGAAGAUAUUGCUUUCUUUGGUGUCCAUAUUCUUUGACAGUCUCUUCAUGUGUCAACAUUAUGUGUAUCCUGACAAGAAAACGUAUGUAUCUCCAAGAGUCAACAAGGAGAAUACGGAACCACUCAUCGAUCAGCAAAAUACUGAAAGCGAGUAGGAUUUUGAGUCAGGCUUGUAAUGUUUUAUAGAAUGAAAAGCAUAAAAUUUCAAUAUAAAAAUACAGGGAAAACACUUAGUAGUAAUAUUUCUUUUCCAGAUAGUAUUGUUUAGAAGUAAUGAUUGAAUACAAAUACAGUGAUUUCUUCUGGAGUGCUGGAAGCAACCAAUCUGUGGGGCGUGGGAUUGUGAUUCUUCAAAAUCUAAUCAGUUUCAAAGCCUCUUUCAUUUCCUUCUAUUAUAUUAUGAAAUUAUUUGAUUUGCUCAGACAGUAUCCAACAGCUUGAUAGUUACGAGUUUUGAGUGAUUAGGAUUGAAGAAUCAUAUGGGUGUUUGC